UUUCUUGGCACUGAAAGAGAAAGAAAUAAUGGGUACCGUUGGGAGGAUGAGAAGGUGUUUUUGUUCUUCUCCUCCCGCUGUUCAUCAUCUUCUCCUUCUGGGUUUCUUCCUGUCCCUUCUUCUACAAUCGGUUCUGGUCGAAUCCAGCUCCUUAAAUUACACAAGGUAUAGGAAAGUCAGUAGCUUGAGACUCCAAAGAAUUCAGAGGCACUUGGACAACAUUAACAAGCCCCCUGUCCUCACUAUAGAGAGUCCAGACGGUGAUCUCAUAGAUUGUGUUCACAAAAGAAAGCAACCAGCUUUAGAUCAUCCCCUUUUAAGGAAUCACAAGAUCCAGAAGGUACCAACUAAGAUGCCAAAGGGUAUGAAGGUGAAGAGAGAGGAGAACAUUGUGAGUGAGGGUGCAUGGCAAAUGUGGCACCAAAAUGGGACUCGGUGUCCAAAGGGAACUGUUCCCAUAAGAAGGAGCACAGUGCAUGACGUGUUGAGAGCAAAGUCUUUGUAUGACUUUGGUAAGAAACAACGUCGCUUUCCUCUCACUCGCCGCAUCGAUGCCCCUUAUGUCGUCAGCGCCAAUGGCCAUGAGCAUGCGAUUGCAUACACGGGAUCAUCUCAGGACGUGUAUGGGGCAAAGGCAACAAUAAAUGUGUGGGAUCCGUCGAUCCAAGUAGUCAACGAGUUCAGUCUAUCUCAAAUUUGGAUACUUUCUGGAUCAUUUGAUGGCUCAGAUCUCAAUAGCAUUGAAGCUGGAUGGCAGGUCAGUCCGGAGCUUUAUGGUGACAGCAGGCCCAGAUUAUUCACUUAUUGGACAAGUGAUGCAUAUCAAGCAACUGGAUGCUACAACCUUCUUUGUGCCGGUUUUGUGCAAACAAAUAGCAGGAUAGCCAUCGGAGCUGCCAUUUCACCUAUCUCCUCUUAUGAUGCCAACCAAUACGACAUUACCAUCCUCAUUUGGAAGGAUCCGAGAGUAGGGAAUUGGUGGAUGAGUUUUGGUGAUGGCACAUUGGUAGGGUAUUGGCCAGAAGAGUUGUUCACACACUUGGCCAACCAUGCCACCAUGGUUGAGUGGGGUGGCGAGGUGGUGAACACACGGGCCAAUGGGGAGCACACCUCAACCCAAAUGGGCUCAGGCCACUUCUCCGAGGAUGGGUUUGGAAAAGCAAGCUACUUUCGCAACAUUGAGAUUGUAGACACUGACAAUAGUCUCACCUCGGUUCACGACAUCUUAACACUAGCAGAGAACACAAACUGCUAUGACAUUAAGAGCUCAUAUAGUAAUGAAUGGGGCACUUACUUCUAUUAUGGUGGGCCAGGCAACAAUCCUCAGUGCCCAUGA